UCCGCGCGCAGAUAACUCCCGAGCCCCACUUGGCAUGGACGGUGGUGGCACUGAGUCGUUCUGCUUCCGCCUUUCCGGGUCCUCUCCCCGCACCUUCGCGUCGCAUGGCCGCAUGCCACGCGGCGCCGCGACCGCGAGCUCUCGCCAUGGCGACGGCUCCGCCUCACCCUACCAUCUCCUCCCAAACCCUAACCUUGACGCCACGAAGCCGCGGAGGCGUAGCCCACGCGCGGACUCUAGUUCUGGCCCCGACACACGCGGCGGCGCGCGCCCUCCGCGUCCGCGCCUCCGCGACCGUCUCGCCGCGUCCGCAGUCUCCCCUCGCCGAGGUCUUCCCCUACGUCGCGGCCGAGUGGGAGACCAUAGCGAAGGGCUGGGCGUGCGCCGCCGCCGCCGUGUACUGCCUCUCGCGCGCGGUGCCCGCCGCGGGGCGCCUGCCGCGCGCGCUCGCCGCCUGCGGGGAAGGGAUUGCGGGCGGGGGCGCGGCGGUUGAGGUGGUGGCGAGGGGCGGGCUCACGCUCGCUGCAUUCGUCUCCGCGCGCGCCGCAGCGGCGUACGCGCAACAGGCGUUGCUCUGGGAGGCGGCGCUGCGGGCAGGGGGGCGGCUGCGGGAACGCGCCUUCGAGCGGCUGCUGGCCCGCGACCUCGCGUUCUUCGAGGGAAGAGGAGGGGUGGCCGCCGGCGACGUCGCGCACCGGAUCACCGACGAGGCGGAUGAUGUUGCGGACGCCGUGUACUCUGUGCUCAACACCAUUGUGCCGACAAGCUUGCAGUUGAUAACAAUGGGUAUUCAGAUGGUGACAAUCAAUCCCCUGCUCUCAUUGCUUGCAGCAGCGGUAAUUCCAUGUAUGAGUCUUGUCAUAUUAAGUCUUGGUAAAAGACUUCGACAAAUAUCCAAGGAGGCGCAUCUUAGCCUCGCCAUGCUUGCAGCCUAUCUCAAUGAUGUAGUUCCGUCGAUGCUCACUGUGAAGGCAAACAAUGGGGAGCACAAGGAGAUAUUGAGAUUCCAAAAGCUAGCUCUUGCCAAUCUAAAGAAUAAUUUGGGUAAGAAGAAGAUGAAGACUCUUAUACCUCAGGCUGUUCGAGCAGCAUACAUUGGAGGCCUGCUAGUGCUCUGCGCCGGGUCAAUAUUGGUUUCAGGCGCCUCCUUUGAUGCUGAGAGCUUUCUGUCUUUCCUGACAGCACUUUCUCUGGUUGUGGAACCUAUUCAGGAUUUAGGGAAGGCAUACAAUGAAUAUAAGCAAGGCGAACCUGCGUUAGAACGCAUAUUUGAUCUUAUGAGGUUCAUUCCUGAGGUGAGGGAUAAGCCAAGUGCGGUUUACUUACAAUGUGUUAAGGGAGAUAUUAAGUUCCAUGAUGUUACAUUUAGAUAUGUUGAUGGCAUGCCUCCAGUAGCAGAUGGCAUGGAUCUUCAUAUCAGACCGGGAGAAACUAUUGCUUUUGUUGGACCUUCUGGUGGAGGCAAAACUACUCUUGCCAAAUUACUCCUCCGUCUUUAUCAUCCACAAAGUGGGUAUAUACUUGUGGACGACCAUGAUAUUCAGGACAUUCAAUUGCAAUGCUUGAGGACACAUAUUGCUUUUGUUUCACAGGACGCGAUGCUAUUUUCUGGGACAAUUGCUGAAAAUAUUGCUUAUAGAGACCCUUUGGGAGAUAUUAAUAUGACUAGGGUUAAGUAUGCCGCUAAGAUUGCCAAUGCUGAGGAGUUCAUUAAGAUACUGCCAGAAGGAUAUGAUUCAAAUGUAGGACAGAGAGGUUCUAGUUUGAGCGGCGGGCAGAAGCAAAGGUUAUCCAUUGCCAGGGCAAUCUAUCAGAACUCUUCCAUACUGAUAAUGGAUGAAGCAACUUCUGCUUUGGACAUCAGGUCUGAGCUCCAACUAAAAGAAGCACUGAGGAAUCUAAUGACAAAGCAGACAGUAACUGUUCUCAUCAUUGCUCAUCGACAGGAAAUGGUCCUAAUGGCUGACAGAAUCGUUUCGCUAGAAGGUGGUAAAUUGCGAGAGAUCACAAAGUCGGCUUUCUUGUCUCAGGGCGGCUGCUUCCGCUUACCGAAAAUCACCAGUCCAAAUUAGGGUGAGAUUUGAUAUGGUAAUGAUAGGUUCUCUCCAGAAGAUACGCAUAAUGGCGGACGGGUCGCAUUUCAUGCUGGAGCCCCCCUCCCCCCCUACCUUGGAGUCUUGGAGCCGUGUUUCAUGGACGCGCAUCCUCUGACUUUGCUCCACAAAGUCACCGUAAUGCACAGUAAUCUGAGUCUGUAUGAACAGUACUCUACCAUUAUUUACAGUAGAGAUUUUACUGUUUAUAGAGGUACUGUAGCACAUAAUCUGAUACAUCCGUU